CAUCCCCCUACAGCCCUCCCCGCCCCGCCCCCUUAUCUCCACUUGCCAGCCCCGGUGCUCUCAUGUACUAGCGCUGAGUGAUCCCGGCCUCCCUGUUGAUCUAGCCCCUGGCUGCUCGGCCAUCUUCACCCCCUCUCGGGUCGGUUUUUGACCCAGAGAGCGCUGGCAGCGGCCGUCCCUGCCCCCCGGAGCUCAUUGUGGGGUCUCCCCCACCUCUCUGCCUCCAGGUCUGUAAACGCAGCAGAGAUGCCGAUGGAAGGGGAGCCCAGCAGUCUGGCCAAAGUCGCUCAGCUCUUCAUCCUGUCUCUGGCCUGGGGGAUGCAGAUGUGGGUCACCUUCAUCUCAGGGUUUGUGCUGAUCCGGAGCGUGAGCCGACACACCUUCGGCCUGGUCCAGAGCAAACUCUUCCCCUUCUACUUCUACACCCUGGUGGCCUGCGCCGUCCUCAACCUCUCCAUCUUCGCCUGCUACCACCCCCGAGAGCUGCUGACCACCGGGGAGACCCUGCAGGGCGCUCUCUACUUCGUCUGCCUUCUCCUGGCCAGCGUUAACGCCCUGGGCUUGUCCCCGGCCACCACGGCGGCCAUGUUCCGGUUGCAGGCCAUCGAGCGGGAGCACGGCCUGGGCGGGGAGGUGGGGCUGGCGGCCCGGCGCGAGACGUACCAGCAGCUGCGGGAGAGGGACCCCAAGUACCAGGCCGCGCGGCAGACGUUCUUCAGACGCCACGGGCUGUCGUCCCUCUGCAACCUCGUCUGCCUCGCCUGCAACGGAGUCAACUUGCUGUGCAUGGCGCUGCACCUCAGCAGCCUGUAGGAGGGGGCCCUGCCUGCGGGGAGGGGGCGGCGGCAUUAUCCUCGGGGGGGCCCACCCACUGGGUGGGACUUGAUUGAGCGAGGGGCUUGGAAGUCAUGCCCCCACCGGUGUCUGAUUGGUGUCUAUUUCUAAGCCUGUAUCCCACUGCUGGCACCAGCUGGAAGUUUAUGUGUUGGGCGGGGGGG